AUGGUGGUCGAGCUGGUCGUCAAGAUGGCUUCUUCCUUUGCGUAUCCAGUUGAGCUGCGUCCAUGUACCGAGUCCUUCCUUGCUCCUCACGUCUCAUAUGCUCCAAAAUACUCCAAAAGACCUAUUCCAAAGACCAAACAUGCAUAUGUGUACCUCAAAGUAGCAGCUCAGAAAGGGAAAGAUAGGUUUGGGAAGAUUGGCAAACUCGCAGUGUGCUAUAUCGGACCAUACAAGAUCAUCGGGAAAGUAGGUAUCGUAGCUUACCGAUUAGAACUACCUCCAGAAAUAAAUCUACAUCCUGUGUUCCACGUUUUCAUGUUGAGGAAACAUGUAGCUGAUCCAAACGCCAUCGAACCGGAAUGA